AUGUCCACAAUCGCUUCCCCUACCGCCAAAGAUGCUGCUCUCAGCUCAAGGCUGCAAAAGGCCAAAUCCCCUGCGCUGCACUAUCCGUUCUGGUUCGGAGGGAGUGCUGCAUCCAUGGCCGCGGUAGUCACCCAUCCUCUUGACUUGGUGAAAGUCCGCCUCCAAACCCGGACAGCCUCCGCACCCAAAACCACCCUGGGCACCUUCGCCUUUGUCUAUCGCAGCCAGGGCAUUCUGGGCCUCUAUGCAGGCCUUUCCGCUGCUUUACUACGCCAACUCACCUAUUCCACCGUGCGCUUCGGCAUCUACGAAGACCUCAAGACCCGCUUCGCCCCAAUACCCACGCCCGAGAACCCUAAGCCUCGCCAAUCUCUGCUCAAUCUCGUCCUCAUGUCCUCCACCGCCGGCUUCCUUGGUGGCAUCGCCGGAAAUCCAGGCGACGUAUUGAACGUCCGCAUGCAGUCCGACGCCUCCAAGCCGCCCGAAGCCCAACGCAACUACAAGCACGCCUUAGAUGGCCUCAUGCGCAUGGCCCGUGAGGAAGGGCCCGCGAGUAUUUUCCGUGGCGUCGGCGCCAACAGCACACGGGCACUACUCAUGACGGCAUCGCAGUUGACCUCCUACGACGUUUUCAAGCAAUUCUGUUUGCAGAGAUUGGGCAUGAAGGACAACUUCGGCACCCACUUCACCUCCUCGCUCGCUGCGGGCUUUGUGGCCACGACGAUCUGUUCCCCAGUCGACGUCAUUAAGACGCGGAUCAUGAGCGCAGGAGGAAAAGUACCGGUCCUAAGUCUUCUCUCCGAGGCCAGCCGUAAGGAGGGUCUGCUCUGGAUGUUCCGAGGCUGGGUCCCCAGCUUCAUCCGCCUCGGACCACAGACAAUCUGCACCAUGGUGUUUUUUGAGCAACACAAGAAACUAUACCGGCGUUGGAAGGGCCUGGACUGA